ACAUCGACCGUAGUGGACAGUCCAUCGCUCUUUAUUGACACUAAAAGACUGCGUGACUUGUAAAUUAUAGCAAAAAAAUUUCUAUUCAUUUAUUUAUUAGCUGAUUAGUUAAUGUAAUUAUUUUAUUAAACCAUAAGUCGGUCACUUUGAUGGGAUUUUAACUUGUUUUUAUUUUCUCAUACUGGUGGAAUUGGUUUAUGCACUCCUAUGACAUUUGUUUUUUUUGUGAUUCUAAAGAAUUAUGUAAUAAAGAGUAAUAGAUAUUUCAACUAACGAUACAAAAGUGCCGGUUUGAUGAAGGUCAUGAAGUGAAGAUUAAGCAACUCUUCUCUAUCACAUCCUUUUGAUCUGAUAUUUUCCACGUGGGUAUAAUUUAAAAAAAAAAAAAAGGAAAAUUAAACCAAUUUUUUUAAUUAUAAAGAAUUCAAGAAAAUUAAAUAUAUUAUCCCCGGAAAAGACGUCUCAAGGCUUCACAAACUUUUAAAAUUUUAAAAAUAUUUUUUAUAACAAUCUUACAAAAAUUGUCUUCCUUAUUUUACGUUGACUCUUCGAUUAAUUAUGAGACUUGAUGAAGAAAUACAAUGAUUUAGCACAUUAUUAUGAUAUUAUAUUUUUAUUAAGUUAUCAACAAGUGUAGACCACUGUUUUGUUUAAAUUCAAAGUGCUUUUUAAGCAGAGUUUCAAUUGAUUCAAUUAGUGAAGAAGAAAAAAAAAAAUAAACAUGAGGCUGGUUAAGACUUUCUUUAGAAGGAUAAUCAAGGAUUUGUGUCAAAAGGAAUUACUUCCUUUAAAAGUUAUUUUUUUUGUCAAAGCUUCAACCCUUUUAGUUCUUUACCCAUACCUAACAAUUCAUAAGCGUGAACUUGGCAUAAAUAUUGAAGAAACAGCAAUUAUGAGCUCAAUAACGCCGAUUGUGGCAAUAAUAAUGCCAACAUUAGCAGGAUUAGUAGCAGAUAGAGUAGGAAAUUUCAAGAUCAUAUUAGCAUUUUUUUCAUCAAUUGGUGGAGCAGCUGCUCUUCUUUUACUGCUAGUUCCAGUAGGGAGGAUAAAUGUCAAAUAUCCAAAAGAACUUGUUAUGGAUUUAGGGAAUUCUGGUAACAGUAGUGAUCUGAUAUUCAGUCUAAAUCAGAUGGAACAUUACUGUGAGACUGAACUCAAAGAUGAAAUAACAGCCAAGAUAAGAAGCUGUGGAUAUGCAUGUCCUAGCAAUUUUCAAGAUCAAGAACGCAUAAAGUCAAUUAUUUCCUCAAGGACUUAUGUAGUAGAAUUCUUUGAUCCAGAUGUGAAUCAUAAUUUUACGUUUAAAUAUGAAAGAUCUGAGGGAGAUUAUGGCCAGCGUGAAAUGACGAAAACAGAACUUUUUGAAGAAAGAAUUUUCCGGAGUAAUUUAUUUUAUAAUACAGCAGUUCGACAAUUAUCUAAAAAUACUUUAUUUUUUCCUACUGAAGAAUUUUAUCAAUUCUCUUGUCAAGAAUUUGAUUCUGGAAAGAAUGAAUAUAAUAAUCUAACACUAUGUAAAUUUCAAGAAUUUCUUAUUCCAUCACGUAACAUAGAAAAGAAGCACAGCCUCUUGCCAUUUAAAGUGAAGAUGAAAAAAUUACCAUUGAGUGAUGAGGAUUUGUAUGAAAAUCAGCAAAAGCUACAUGUUGAAGUGAUGUCAUUAAAUGCAGAGUCAGUAAUAAAAAAAUUUAAUUUAGUUCAAUGUGAAAACACAAACAGUAGAACUCGAAGGGUGUCUGUAACUGUUUACAUCGGCAAUUCCACAGUCGAAUCAGAAUUGGAACCUCUGAGUAUUGAAGGAUGCCACGAAAGAUGCAUUGUCACUGCUACAAGAAACGACAUAUGCUCUAACAAGAACAUAAUCAUAGAAUACAAUCCACAAUUAACUUUCUGGCUUUAUCUGAUGAUUAGAGUUCUCAUAGGAAUCAUUGGUAGUACUGCAUUUGCUAUGUUCGAGGGUGCAGUAAUAGCAAUAUUGCGAGAACAAAAAGCAGACUAUGGCUUACAGAGAAUCUAUGGAAGUCUUGGUGGAAUGAUUUCAUCACCAUUGUCUGGGUUACUAAUUGAUUAUGCUAGCCAAGGCAAAGAAUAUUCAGACUUUAGACCUGCAUUCUAUUUAUACGCAGCUCUUAAGCUUGCUUCUGGAGUUCUAAUGUUAACAAUUAAUCUCGAAUUCAAGGCACCAGCCCACAAUGUCAUCAAGGAUUUCAUCGAUGUAUUAAAAAACAUAGAAAUCGCCGCUCUUAUGCUUGCUUGCUUCAUGCUAGGAACCAUUUGGGGCUUCUUGGAAUCUUUCUUAUUCUGGCUGCUACAAGAUCUUGGUGGAUCCAAUUCCCUCAUGGGUGUAACAAUAACAGUAGGAGGAAUUACAGGAAUUCCUCUUCUAGCAUUCUCAGGACCAAUUGUCAACAAGAUUGGUCAUCCAAAUGUCCUUUUCAUAGGUUUUAUUUUUUAUGCUGUUCGACUCAUAGGCUAUUCUUUUAUCUACAAUCCUUGGCAUAGUCUCAUCUUUGAGGCUCUGGAAUCUGUAACGACUUCACUCAGUUUCACAGCAGCAGUUACGUAUGCAGCCAAGUUGUCCACUACAAGCACAGAUAGUUCUAUCCAAGGUCUACUUGGAAGCAUGUAUUACGGCGUUGGUAAAGGAUCAGGAAGCUUGGUUGGAGGUUUUAUCAUGAAAGCUAUUGGGACUCGGAAUACUUAUCGCAUUUUCGCGGUAGUCAGUAUCAUUACGGGGAUUAUUUACUUUUUCUUCAAUGCUCUUUACCUCAAAAAACGCCCCCAAGUUGAGGGCAACGACAUUGUGAAAAAGGAGCCGAAGAAAAAAACUAUGAAUGGUAUUGAAGCUUCCUCGAUUGACGCAAUUGAAAAGAAAAUCAAGAACAACAAAUACAAUCUUAAGAGAAUUGAAAAUGGAGUUUCUAAUAAAGAUUCAGAUGGUCCAGAAGCCAACUUCAAAGCUCUAGAGGCAGAUAAGUAUCCAGGAACUGAAAAAAUUGGAGAAGAAUUAAAGAAAGGUAUUGAAUUAAAAAUAUUAAAGAAGGAAGAAGAGUUAAAGGAGUUAGAGAAUGAAUCUAAAAAAUUAAAUGAAGAAUUAAAAGAUGUGAAAGAAUCGACAGGAACGAAUGAAUUGAAGGAACCAAAGGAAGAUAAAAAUAAGAAAAAAAUCAAAAAUGAUGGACAGUUGGGUGAAUUAAAAAAAAAGACAGAUAAAGAAACAGAAGAUGAAGAAUUAAAAAAAGAAUUAAAGAAUAAUAGUAAAGGAAAUUUAAAUGGAUUGGAUAAGGAUAAAGGGACAGAUAUAAAUUCAGGAGAUUCGAGUGACUCAUGCAAGAAAACAAGGAAUAGUGAAGGAGUAAUGAAUCUAAGGUUUGAAAAUGAAACAACUAGCAAAUGCAGCGUCACAGUAGAAAGAGAAGCUGAAGAAGAAGGCAGGAAGUAAACGAGAGUCAUUAGUCUACGUAAGCUUGUCACUCCUUUGGAAGCUAUAUGUGCUAUAUAUACAUAUAAAUAUAUAUAUAUAUAUAGCCGUGUAUAAAAAUUUAUUGGUGUGUGCGAAACUUGAAGAUACUUAUAGUAACCUGUUGGAACGUCUUGCGAACGUUGAUGAGACUAUUAUGUUACAAUUUUCUCAUCGUUGUAGAUGAUAUUGGUACUUCCGGAUACUGAAUACGUGACAUGCAAUCAAACAAGUGCA